AUGGCUGGGAGGGAAGUGUAUGAGACUGUGGAAGCAUGCAGACGAUCACUCAGAGAUGGUGAUUAUAAAGAAGCAGCAGAUCUUUACGAUGUAGCUAUACGAAAAGUAACCACCGUCUUGAGAACUGUUCCAUCUUCGGACAUGGACAUAUACGAGAAAAUAAUCGCCAUGUUGGAGAAAGAGAGGAGCAAACUGAAAGAGAACGAUAUUCUAUUGAACGAGAAGCUGAUUCUAGAAGCUUCAACACCAGAGGCACCUCCAGCAGAUCCUAACGUUUGGCCUGAGCCUGAUCGAAGCCGUUCGAAAUCUGUUAAUCGAAACAGGGCCUCCAAGCCACCCCGUAUUACCAGAGCUAAUGAAGGAAAGAAGGAAGUUGGAAAACCCACUAAGAAGCCCGCACCUGCAGCUCCUCCUAAAAGAAGACCUGGCUAUGAUGACUUAAAUAAAGACGCUACAAAACCGGAAGAUGAAUCUAUGGAGAAAGAAGAUAAUGAUAAGGAAUACUUCAUCAGUCUCGGAUAUGACAGGGACUUAGUCACGAUCAUGGAAAGCACUAUGCUUCGAAACUUAUCGAAUGUUACUUGGGAUUCUGUAGCUGGACUACAAUCCACGAAGGACCUUUUCAUUAACACAGUUAUCCUACCAUCCAUUAUGCCCGACUUCUUCAAGGGCUUGAGAAGACCAUGGAAAGCUGUUUGCAUGGUUGGCCCCCCAGGGACAGGAAAGACUUUACUAGCGAAAGCUGUUGCUGCUGAGUCUAAAACAACAUUCUUCUCGGUUGCUUGUGGAGACUUAGCUAGUAAAUGGAGAGGAGAUGCCGAGAAGAUGGUGAAAUUAUUAUUUGAGAUGGCUCGGCACUAUGCUCCAUCAACAAUUUUCAUUGAUGAAAUCGAUACGAUUGGAAGUCAAAGAGGAGGCGCUAAUGAGCACGAAGCUAGUAGAAGGUUGAAAGCUCAGCUACUUGUAGAAAUGGACGGUUUCUCUAAUUCCGACGAAACCAAACGCGUCUUCGUUUUAGCAGCUACUAACCAUCCUUGGAUCUUAGAUGAGGCUUUAAGAAGAAGAUUCGAAAAAAGAAUAUACAUCCCUCUACCUGAUAAAGAAACCCGAUUAGCUUUACUAGAGUCAGCUUUAAAAGAAAUGAAAGUAUGUGAGGAGUUGUCUCUCCCACAAAUCUCCGAACUCUUGGAAGGUUUUUCUGGAGCAGAUGUUCUCAACGUUUGCAGACAGGCAGCUUUCGUCGGAUUUUCAAGAUUAACCAAAGGUCUCUCUUUCGACCAAAUCACUCAGAUGUCUAAAGAUAAGCCUAACACCUUUGAUAUACCUAUCACAAUGGAACACUUCCAAGAAGCAUUAAGUUCUACCAAUCCUUCAGUUUCAAUAGAAAGUGUUCAAGAGUACGAAGAUUGGAUGAGGAAGUAUGGAGCUUCUUAA